CCGCCGCCGGGAUAAUCAAGAGUUUUGACCAGACCUCUGAGCAUACACUGAGAGAGUGAGGAGCCAGAUGACAAGCACACACUAUGGCACUGAAACGGAUUAAUAAGGAACUUAGUGAUUUGGCCCGUGGCCCUCCAACACAAUGUUCUGCAGGUCCAGUUGGGGAUGAUAUGUUUCAUUGGUAAGCCACAAUUAUGGGACCUAAUGACAGCCUAUAUCAAGGCUGUGUAUUCUUUUUGACAAUUCAUUUUCCUACAGACUACCCCUUCAAACCACCUAAGGUUGCAUUUACAACAAGAAUUUAUCAUUCAAAUAUUAACAGUAAUGGCAGCAUUUGUCUCAAUAUUCUAAGAUCACAGUGGUUACCUGCUUUAACAAUUUCUAAAGUUCUUUUAUCCAUUUGUUCACUGCUAUGUGAUCCAAACCCAGAUGACCCCCUAGUGCCAGAGAUUGCACAGACCUAUAAAACAGACAGAGAUAAGUACAACAGAAUAUCUUGGGAAUGGACUCAGAAGUAUGCCAUGUGAUGCUACCUUAAAGUCAGAAUAACCUGCAUUAUAGCUGGAAUAAACUUUAAAUUACUGUUCCUUUUUUGAUUUUCUUAUCCGGCUGCUCCCCUAUCAGACCUCAUGUUUUUUAAUUUUAUUUUUUGUUUACCUCCUUCCAUUCAUUCACAUGCUCAUCUGAGAAGACUUAAGUUCUCCCAGCUUUGGACAAUAACUGCUUUUAGAAACUGUAAAGUAGUUAUAAGAGAACAGUUGCCCAAGACUCAGAAUUAAAAAAAAAAAAUGGAGCAUGUGUAUUAUGUGGCCAAUGUCUUCACUCUAACAAUGUCCUCAUUGCUCUAACAUGCUGAAGAAAUCAUCUGAGGGGGAGGGAGAUGGAUGCUUAGUUGUCACAUCAAAGGAUACAGCAUUAUUCUAGCAGCAUCCAUUCUUGUUUAAGCCUUCCACUGUUAGAGAUUUGAGGUUACACGAUAUACUUUGUGCUCAUAACUAAUGUGGCUGGAGAAUUGGUAUUGAAUUUAUAGCAUCAGCAGAACAGAAAAUGUGAUGUAUUUUAUGCAUGUCAAUAAAGGAAUGACCUGUUCUUGUUCUACGGAGAAUGGAAAUUGGAAGUCAAACACCCUUUGUAUUCCAAAAUAGGGUCUCAAACAUUUUGUAAUUUUCAUUUAAAUUGUUAGGAGGCUUGGAGCUAUUAGUUAAUCUAUCUUCCAAUACACUGUUUAAUAUAGCACUGAAUAAAUGAUGCAAGUUGUCAAUGGAUGAGUGAUCAACUAAUAACUCUGCUAGUAAUUGAUUUAUUUUUCUUCAAUAAAGUUGCAUAAACUAACGAGUUAGCUGCCUGGAUUAAUCAGUACAGGUAACAAUCUUUUGUAAACGCAAAGCUGCUUUUUGUAUAUACUGUUGGGAUUUGCUUCACUGUUUGACAUCAAAUGAUGAUGUAAAGUUCGAAAGAGUGAAUAUUUUGCCAUGUUCAGUUAAAGUGCACAGUCUGUUACAGGUUGACACAUUGCUUGACCUGAUUUAUGCAGAAUUAGUAAGCUAUUUGGAUAGUGUAGCUUUAAUGUGCUGCACAUGAUACUGGCAGCCCUAGAGUUCAUAGAUGGACUUUUGGGAGCCAGCAGUUUUGAAAUGUGUUUAUGGAGUUUAAGAAAUUUAUUUUCCAGGUGCAGUCCCUGUCUAACUGAAAUUUCUCUUCACCUUGUACACUUGACAGCUGAAAAAAAACAUAACAUGGGAGUAAUAAUGGGUCAAAAUUUGCAAAAUAAAGUAUUGUUUUGGUA